CGAGGAGGCGGAGACACGUCGGCGCUGCUGCUGCCGCUGCCGCCUCUGGUGCCUCUGCUUGUGCCGCUGCCGCUGCCUCUCGGGCUAGCUCCUGGCGCUGCCUGGUGCGUUCGGCCCCGGCAGCCUCCCCGCAGCCCCAGCCUUCGGCUAGGCUCUGCCCUGCUCUGCCCGUCCCGGUCCCCCGCAAUGGCGACGCGCUCGUGCCGGGAGAAGGCUCAGAAGCUGAAUGAGCAGCACCAGCUGAUCCUGUCCAAGCUGCUUCGGGAGGAGGACAACAAGUAUUGCGCCGACUGCGAGGCCAAAGGUCCACGAUGGGCUUCCUGGAAUAUUGGCGUAUUUAUUUGCAUUCGAUGUGCUGGAAUUCACAGAAAUCUUGGUGUUCAUAUAUCCAGGGUCAAGUCAGUCAACCUUGAUCAGUGGACACCAGAACAAAUACAGUGCAUGCAAGAUAUGGGAAAUACAAAGGCAAGAAUGCUCUAUGAAGCUAACCUUCCAGAGAACUUUCGACGGCCCCAAACGGACCAAGCAGUGGAAUUUUUCAUCAGAGAUAAAUAUGAAAAAAAGAAAUACUAUGACAAAAAUGCAGUGACUGUUACCAAUAUUUCCUCUUCUGAUGUUCUUCAGCCUUUGGUAUCCUCUCCUCUGCAAGCUGCUGCUGAGAAAAACAAAUUGGAGAAAGAAAAGGACAAAAAAAAGGAAGAGAAAAAGAAAGAGAAGGAGCCAGAAAAGCCUUCAAAACCCAUUUCAGCUGAAAAGCCUCAGAAGAAAGAAGAACCGAAUCAGGAAUUUAAAAAAAGCACCAGCCCUAAAAAGGCAGCAGAACCCACUAUUGAUCUUUUAGGACUUGAUGGCCCUCCUGAAGUGCCUGUGACAAACGGUAGUACUACUACCAUCACCACUACCCUGAAUGAUGACCUGGAUAUCUUUGGCCCAAUGAUCUCUAAUCCUUUACCAGCAACAGUCAUACCCCCAGCCCAGGGCCCCCCCCCAGUACCAGUAGCUGCCACUUUAACUACUGGAUCUGUGGAUCUGGAUCUGUUCACUGAGCCAACUACAAAAACAGAAGAAUCAGCAAAGAAGCAACUGUCCAAAGACUCCAUCCUAUCCCUAUAUGGGACAGGGACCAUUCAGCAACCAAGUGCUCCAGGUAUGUUUAUGGGCCCUUCAGCUAUGCCGUUUACCUCACAAGCACCAACCCAGUUUCAAGGCUUUCCAUCCAUGGGAGUACCUGUGCCUGCAGCCACAGGAAUCAUGGGAAAUAUGAUGGGACAGUCGGUACCCGUUAUGGGACAAAAUGCAAGCAUGAUGGUUGGCAUGGCAGUGCCCAAUGGGUUUGUGGGAAAUGCACAAACUGGUGUGAUGCCACUUCCUCAAAAUGUUGUCGGGUCUCAAGGAGGAAUGGUAGGACAAAUGGGAGCAGCACAGAAUAAGUUUGGUAUCCAGCAAACUCAGCAGCCCCAGUGGAAUCUCUCUCAGAUGAAUCAGCAAAUGGCUGGAAUGAACAUCACCAGUGCUAGCAGUGCUGUGGGUUUUGGCCAACCCCCCAGUACAGCAGCAGGAUGGUCUGGAAGCUCAUCGGGUCAGACUCUCAGCACACAGCUGUGGAAAUGAAAACUGCAAUAGGAGUUUCAUCCAGAAUUAUCACCACCUGACAUUCCUUGAUAAAUGCAUCUAGUUCCCCUGUUUAUUCAUGUACAGAUUCUUUUUCCCCCCCAGUUGUUCAUAUUAAGAAUUAACUGACUGACCGUAUUGGUCUCUAUUGAUUAAAUUUGAUGUGGUAAAAAGCAGGUUGAGAAUCCAUAUUGAGGUCACUGGCAGCUUUUUUCAUACUACACAUGAUUUCAUAAACCAUAUUCUUGGAGAAGCUGCUUAGUCAAUUCCCAUAAUCAGUUUUAUUCUCAAUAAGAUUAUAGGUCUACUGUUUGCAUAUAAGGGAAGUAGUUAUCAUGUUAGUAAUACCUCUAACAGUGUAAACCCUGCCCCCAAAUUAGUCAGUAAUCCUGUAGAAAGGUACUAUAUGAACAGAUGUUUAACCAUAUAAAUAGAAUGUAAAUGUAUCACUGAGCACUGUUUUCUAGUGUAUCAAAAUUCUUUUAUUUCAUCAUUCAUUUCACUGUGAUGUUGUUAUGGUGUGCUUAACAGGGAACAUGGUUAGUGAAAGGAAGAUAAACCUGGAUGUUACCACAAAAUUUAAUCUGCUCAAAGAAUAAAGAAAUCCCGAGUAUUUCCUCUGAGUCUCCUAUAAUUGGGAUCACUUCUUGUGUACAUAGUGCUAAGCUGCAGAGCACUCCUUGCACUAGAUGCAUACAGGGUAUCUACAAAAUAGUACUUUUAAUCCUUGAAGGGUAUAUCCAGGUUUAUGACAGUAAUUGUGUUUACAUUUUAUGGUGCCUAGUAUUGACAAAAUGUUAUUUCCCUAUAUUAAACAGAUGAAUCCA